AUGUGUCAUAGUAAAAGUAAAACUAAUCUCGAACAAGAAUGUAAACUGAUAACGAAUAGUAAUAAAAUGCGAUUAAUGGAAUGUUAUGAAAUUGAAUCUGUCAAUGAAUUAUCAAAUUUAUUAAGAGAUAAUUGGUCUAAUAUCGCAAUCAUUAAUAAUCACAAAAAAAUAAUACAAGUUGCCGCUGGAUCACCGCCGAAUAUAUUGCAGACAAUAGAAUAUUUUGAUCUUUCUCAAAUAGGACAUUUAUAUAUAGAAAGUGGUGCAUUUAGAAACAUGAAUUCAUUGAAAUUUCUAAAUAUCUCACAUGGAAAAUUAAAUGACUUGAAAUCUGAAUGGUUUACUGAAAGAAAUUCAGUUGAAGUUUUAAAUUUUUCUCACAAUACUCUAAACAAUUUAACAUCAACAAAUUUAAAAAAUCUAAAAAAUAUUAAGGAAAUUGAUUUUUCUCAGAAUAAUCUGAAAAGUAUUCAAAGAGGAACCUUUAGCUCUUUACGAAAUUUACUUAUAUUAAAUUUGGAUUUGAAUCUUUUGACGGAAAUCGAUUUCGGUCAAGUGCCAAAACUGAAAUUAUUAAGCAUCAAUGAAAAUCUCUUAACUAAAUUAACUUCAGAUACGUUUAUCGAGAUGCCUCAACUCGAAUCAAUAUUUCUUGUUGAUAAUCAAUUAAAUGAAAUUGAAGAGGAAACUUUUAAAAAUUUAAAUCGGCUUAAAUUUCUUGAUUUAUCAUCUAAUCAAUUACAUAAAAUAGGAACUGAUAUUUUUAAAGGGCUACAUAAAUCCAAAAUAAAUAUUGUGGAUUUAAGUAAUAAUAAUAUUGAAAAUAUUGAAUCUGGAGCAUUUAAUGGAUUACAAAAUUUGAGAAAACUAGAUUUAUCGAAAAAUUCAAUUGGUAAACUACGUAGUUCAACUUUUGAUGGUUUAGAUAAUUUAAGGCGUCUUUCUUUAGGAGAAAAUGAUAUCGAAACAAUACAAAAUUUUACAUUUGCAUCAUUACAAAAUUUGGAAAUACUUGAUAUAGCUGCAAAUAAUUUAAACUCUUUGGAAACACUUAUAUUCGGAGAGUCCUUAUUGAAUUUAAGAACUCUAAAUAUAUCGACCAAUAACUUACCGAAUUUAAAUAUUGAAAUAUUUUCACCCUUAACGAAUUUAGAAUAUUUAAAACUUCAUCAAAAUGAAUUAACAAGAAUUGAUUCAGACUUGGGUUUAAAACUAAAAAAAUUGAAAAAACUACAUAUUGGACAUAAUCACAUUGAAGAAUUGACAUCACUUACAAAAUUCUUUCAUAGCUUUCAUUAUUUGCCAGGUCGAGGAAUUGGUCUUGGUACCGGUCUUGGUCUUGGCCUUGGACGAUGUGGUGGUCUUGGUUUUCUCUUUAUUGGCUCAGCAUUUGCAUUUGGUAUAGCAAAGGCAAAUGCGAUAGCAAUUAACCGUUCAAAUACAGUAGCUGAACCUGAUCGAGAGUCAGCUAGAUGUAGACCACCACAUCGUCCAAGAUCAAUACCAUGUCUAUCAAGACCAUUUGUUUAA